AUGGAGAUGAUGGCUAAGAGGAUUGAUGGUCUUCAAGUAGCAGCAGUGAACACUACAAAUCAACCACCAGCUGGAUGGGGGCAGAAUGAAGAAAUCUAUGAAGAGCAGCAGCCAGAACAAGUUAACUAUAUGCACAACCAAGAAAGACAAAUAGGCCAAUUGUCCAAACAGCCUGAAAGACCAACCAACACUUUCCCAAGUGAUACCAUUCCAAAUCCUAAAGAAGAAUACAAAGCAAUUCAACUCAGGAGUGGAAGAACUUUGGAGAAUGAUAAGGUUGGUAGUAAGAAGGAAGUGGCAAGUGAAGAAAAGAACCAAGGAGAACUCAAGGAGAAGGAUGAAGAGCCACAAGCCUCAAAUAAGGGAAAGCAAGUUAUGGAGGAACAUUCACAAGAACAAAGGAAGGAUGCGAAGCCUUACACUCCUCCUCUGCCAUACCCUCAAAGAUUGCAAAAAGAGCUCAAGGAUCAACAAUUUCCCAAGUUCCUCGAGGUUUUCAAGAAGCUGGAAAUUAACAUACCACUUGCUGAAGUAUUGGAGCAAAUGCCCCUGUAUGCUAAAUUCCUCAAGGAGCUCAUCAAUAAGAAGAAAAGUUGGAACAAAAAGGAGACUGUGUUCUUAACCCAAGAAUGCAGUGCAAUCAUCCAAAAAGGGCUCCUACCUAAAUUCAAAGAUCCUGGGAGUUUCUUUCUGCCUAGUACCAUUGGCAAUAUAUCCAUUGAUAAGGCAUUGUGUGAUUUAGGAUCAAGUAUCAAUCUGAUGCCCUUAUCUAUGAUGAGAAAGUUGGCCAUAGAAGAAGUGAAACUUAUAAGGAUGACCUUGCAACUUGCUGAUAGAUCAAUGGUAGUCCCUAAUGAAGUGGUUGAGAAUCUCUUAGUCAAGAUUACUCUAAAUGUCUUUAAGGAGAUGCAGCAUCCUGAUGGAGAGAACGGCUGCAUGCAAGUUGAAGAGGAAGACUUGAAUUGGAAGGAAAAGCCCAAGGAGGCACUCAUCAACUCACCUUUGAAGCAAAAGACAGACAGAGGAGAAGAACAAACGGGUAAUGAAGAUGUGAAGGCUGAGAAGGGACUGUAG